AUGAACGCAGUGAAUGAGACUUUCAGUGUCACAGAGACCGCCAGCCAAUCCUCUAAUGCUUCCAGUAUCCAUCCGUCCCCUGACAAUGCACAUCCCUUUCCAAGAAGCCAGCUCCGGCCCCAGCGUCCGACUUUGCCCUUCGUGCCGUAUGCCGACUGGGUCGCGACUCAGUCGUACGAUUACAACCCGCCGGUCUGCAUCAAGUAUGUCAUGGAAUGGAAGGUGGCCUUCAAUAACAGGAAGAUCCGCAUGCAUACAGAAGACAAUCUCGUGGCGGCGCCGAGCGAGUUCUGGAGUGAGGAAUUGUGCGCAAAGAUCCGCGACAUCGCGAAGACGACGUCGAAGCCCAGCAGACCCGAUUCAUCAACCAUCGUCGUAUCCGUGAACGAGAAAUCCGAGCCUGCCAUAACAAAGAGCUUUGCGGAGCUUGAGAUCGAUUGGUCCUCUGUGGAACGGCAGCUGCAAGCUUGGAGCCAUCUUCUCCGCAUCGGGAAGAAGCUAAAGGUUGACGCCUCGUUCAAGUUCGCCGAGAGUGCAAGCAUCGCUCGGUGUCCAUCGCCGUACAGGCACGUGUACCAAGUGUUCCGUUGCCCAGGAUCGCCAUGUGACCGUGGGCCGUACUGCUGGUUGGACCCCAAUGGCCACAAAUACUACAAAGUCAUGACGCAUCAGCUCAAGAGCCUUGUCAAGUUUGUGCGGGAAGGCAACACAUUGCAGGGGCCUGGCGACGUCCCGGACUAUAUUCGCGAGCAACUAUAUGCCGAAGAGCAGCAGCUCACCGAUCGUAGGAAGAAAAGGAAAGUCUCCCCGUCGCUUGCAGAAGGCGUGCAACCCAUGAUCAUCAACAACUAUAUCCCAUCGCAGCAAGAUGCCAAGCAAUAUCCGGAGCCAUCUACCACUGGUGCGCGGGAUACCUCUGUUCCGCGUUCGCUGCCGCUUAGCAUUCCCGGCCUACGAAAUGAAGCCGUCAAGGAAUACUGUAGAUGGCAUUGCUCCCAACUGGGAAGCAUGGACCAGAAGAGGGCAUACGAGCUGGCCCGUGAUCUGACCUUGGCGAGGAGCCUUGAUCUGGAGCUUGUGGACGAGGACGACGCGCAGUUUUACAUCGACAAAGGUGUGUCGGCUCGAGGGCCAUGA